AUGACUGAAACAACGAUUAUCCGAACGGAUAUCUCUUUGGAUGUAGAUGAUUUCGAUAUUCGUCGAGAAUUCUGUGGUGUUCACGAUAAACGUUUAAAUGAAUUACGACAAUUCACCAACUGUAUAAUCGAUUUACAAAUACAUCCAACAAAACAUCCAUUUGAAAAGGUCACCUGGAUCAUUUCACACUAUGAUGAAGCUGUACGUGCAUUUACUGUUAAACGUAUUCAAACAUGGGCUCAGAUGACGCAAAUAGCUAUUCAAAUGCAUAUUGAAGAUAUCACCUUCCAUCAGCAAUUAUCAUCUGACACAUCGUCUUCUUCAACGGAUGGUCGAGUACAACAACUUGGAAAUUCAAUAAAAUCAUCUCCAUCGCCGCAAAAGGGCUCUUCUUUGAAAAUGUUUAAUAAACAUUCCAAAACACCAUUACAUGAUCACUAUUACGGUAGUGUACCCAACGCUGCCCUUGUUCCUCAAACAGAUAUUCAAUCUCGAUAUCAACAUCGUCGCCGACGAAAUUCAUCAUCAAGUAGUUCGGGAGUUCAACGGCCAGCUUUGUUUGGCAAACCAAGUGAUUAUUUUCUGUCACGCGGAAAUGAAUAUCCACGGCGUCGUCAUUCACCUUUAUCGACACCUAUUUCGAAAAUCAAACCAAAUGAAUCAUCCAAUACUACAGAACCGUUCUUAUCCAAGCCUUCGUAUUUACCAAAUGAAAGAGAGCAGUCAUAUGAACUAAAUAAAAAUCUUAUCACAGAAUAUGAGUUACUUACUAAUGGUGAUGACAUCGAUUACGAAGAAGAAGCGAAAUGGGAAAAUCUUCUUUCAGAUACCAGUGAUUUCGAAAAUGACUCCCAUCCAUUAAUGGCUGAUAUUAUCGUCAUAUCUCAACUACGUGAUAGUCUCAUGCAUUCACAGAUCUCAUCUACCGAUGACAUCGCCCAUAUUCAGUUAUCUUUACCAAAAACUUUGAUUAUUACUAGCGAUGAAAAGUUAAAAACAUUGAAAAGUCAACCAGUGUGGUUCCAUCGUCUCUAUCUCAAUUCGAAAAUCAUUCUCGCAGACGGUAUUCACAAAUCCAGACAGCAAGCAGAAAAAUUUGCGUACAAAAAGAUGAUUGACUUAAUGACGAACAAACAAGGCGUACAAGUCAAAGUUCUCGUCAAUGGACAAUGUAAAGCAGUUCUUCAGAAAGCUCCUCCUCCCAAACAAUUCAACAACACAAUCAUCAAUGAAUCACUUAUGAAUACGACAACUGACGUUUAUUAA